GGGUUCGCCCUCUCCUGACCUCCCCUCGCGCCAGGAGGGGUCCUGGUCUGCGAAGCGCUCAGGCCGCUGCGCGGAGCCCCUCCCCCAGCCGCUGCCAGCUAACUGUUUUUUCCCCGACACAUGGUUCCACUCAGGGACCCCUGCCCCCUGCGGAGCCGCGUGGGGGACGAGCGGGCCAAGGGGGAGAACCCAGCGGGUGCCGCGGCUCCACACGGGGCCUCCAUCGCCGCCAGCGAGCCAUGUUCCAGGCUGCAGGAGCCACCCAGGCCACCCCCUCCCACGAAGCCAAAGGUGGCAGUGGCGGCGGCGCGGUUCAGCGCUCCAAGUCCUUCAGCCUUCGCGCCCAGGUGAGGGAGACCUGCGCUGCCUGCCAGAAGACCGUGUACCCCAUGGAGCGGCUGGUGGCCGACAAGCUCAUUUUCCACAACUCUUGCUUCUGCUGCAAGCACUGCCACACCAAGCUCAGCCUGGGCAGCUACGCGGCGCUGCACGGGGAAUUUUACUGCAAACCCCACUUUCAGCAGCUGUUUAAGAGCAAAGGCAACUAUGACGAAGGCUUCGGCCGGAAGCAGCACAAGGAGCUCUGGGCCCACAAGGAGGUGGACCCCGGCACCAAGACAGCCUGAGGCCCCUCUCACCGUCCACUCCCUCCUCCUUCCCUCGAGGGCCUGGAGCAGGCAGCGGGCAGGGUGGGAGAGAGGUUGGACCGGGCCCCGGGGUCCGGGUGCAGGCAGCGGGGUCAGGGUGGGAAGGGGUUGAGGCCGUCUUGCUCGGGCAGAGGGUCUUGGGGGCAGGGCUCUGCUUCGGGAUUCCUUCCUUCUCCCUCAGUGGGUGGGGGGUUAGGGAACCAGGACUGGGCUUUGCUCACCAGCCCGCUUCCUGCUGCUUCCAGCCUACCCCCCUUACCCCACGGCCCCCUGGGGAGGCCCCCCAACCCAGCUUCCCUAUCUAGGUGCCUUUUCUCCAGCAAGGAGUCAGCAUGCCCCCCUCAGGGUCCCAAGCUCCCUCACUGCCACCCAGGGCCCUGUGUGGCCCCCACAUCUCCCCAUCUACCUCUGCCCUUAGCCUGGUCCUGAGCCAUGGAGACUGCAGGAAGGUGAGCCAGGGUGCCCCCUGCUGGAUCUCUCCAAAUGCCCACCAGGACCCACUGGGGGAGGGGAGGGGAAGUGGAAGAGCCCCGCCCCGCCCCCCCCCCCCCCCCCCCAAGGCGAGGCAGGGCAUGGGACCAUCCCACACCACGGAAGCAGCAGAAGCUAAAGCACCGGCCAGGCUGAGAGCCACAGAGACUGGUGGGGAGCUGGCAGGGUCACGUUCCUCUCUUCUCCCAUUUCUGCCGGUUUUGACUGUUGUAAUCAACCCUGUUUUAAACACGUUUCAACAGA